CACUUUUCUGAGGAUUUAUUGUUAUCAAUAUUUACUUCUUUAUCAAUCAGUGAUAUUGUUAAUGUUUCUUUGACAUGUAAACAAUGGUGGAGAGUUUCUCAAGAUGAUUUACUGUGGAAAGACUUCUUUUUACGCGAUUUUCAGUUAAAGAAAGGAACUUGUAUUGCUGGUGGAAAGACUAAAUGGAAAGAUGAAUAUAAAAGACUAAAAUAUCACACACCAUGUAUAGAAAGUCAAGAAUUAAAAUAUCAUAAAGAUCAGGUUUUACAUGUUUGCUUUUCAAAUAAUGGAGAACUAUUUGCUACUUCUUCAAAAGAUGGAACUUGUAAGGUUUGGACAUCUAGUCAUCCUUGUCAGUUAGUAUUUGAGUAUGAUAUGAAAAAGUUUCAUUGGAAAUAUACCCAGUUUUCCCAAUUCAACAAAUCUGAUACACUCCUAUUGGUAUCAGGAGUUCAUUUUGGAGAGGGAAGUACUUCAGGUGAAAUAGCUGUGUUUAGUAUUGUAGAUAAUUUUGAAUUACAAUCUCGAAUGAUAAAUAAACCAUAUGAUAUAUUUGGUACAUGGUAUAAUGAUACACAUUUAUUAUCUGGUAGUUUAUAUUGGACUGGUCAACUUAAUUCUUGUUCAGCAUUAUGGCUUAAUAUGGCUUCUCAAGCAAUAGAAACAGAAAAUGAGUCAGUUGUUAUGAGAUUAUUUAAAUUUCACAAUGAGAAUGCCAGUUCUAUACGUACUAUAAUGAUAGCCAAUUGUUACAGUGAUUAUCAGCGCUUCUUUCGAAUUUCACACAAUGGAAGUGUUGAGAGAACAUUUGAGAAUAAAGGUGGUGAUGAUGGUUCAACAGCUUGUGCAAGUGGAAGCUCUACAAGUCAGAUCUCUGAAUCGUGUUUAAAACAUUUAGAACUAGAUGAUUUAAACAAUGACUUAUCUUUGGAUGACCCUGUCACAACAGCUACACUAUCUUGUGAUAAUUUUAAUGUUGAAGAUGCUAUUUUAAGUGACUCAGAUCAGUAUUUGUGUGAUAAAUUGUUAAUUUUUACUCUGGGAUCAGCCGCGUAUACACCUCAUCAAAUAGGGUUGAAACGAAUCAAAUGUCUAGAACUAGAGAAUACAAACUCUAAACGUGAUAAUCGGGGAAAUAUAUUACCUAAUGUAGCUAACAACACUCAAGGUCGAGAUAGAACCUAUGAUAAAGUGGACAAAAUACUGGAAAUGGAUGGACAUAUUAUUGGUAUGAGUUUAUCACCAGACAAUAGAUUCCUCUAUGUCAAUUGUCGCCCAUGGCCAAAAAACUACAAAAUAGACAACCCACUUCAACCACCACCAUUAGCACAAGAAAUUGAUAUACAUGUCAUAGAUCUGUAUUUGAUGCAAGAAGUUGGUACAAUGUUAAAAUCUCAUAAAGCUUAUACAGCUAAUGAUGAAUGUUUCUUUAUAUUUCUUAAUGUCAGUGAAGAAUAUGUGGCAAGUGGAGCUGAAGAUAAACAUGGUUAUAUGUGGGAUAGACAUUAUGGUAUGUGUCUACAGAAAUUUCAGCAUAAUGAUGUGGUGAAUUCUGUGGCGUUCAACCCUAUAAAUUCUGAAAUGUUAGUGACUGUUAGUGAUGAUUAUUCUAUUAAAGUCUGGAGGUCUAAG